GAAAGACGGUUCCGGAUGCUGCGUGUUGUCUUUCUGCUGGUGAGGUGGAAGUAAGAGAGGCUGGCUAAUAGCAGCGUGGUUGCUUCAGAGUUUUCACUAUGAGGUGUAAUUACUCGUGAACAAGCUUCUCGUCCACAUCAAGAAUGGCCAGUGUGGAGCAGGUGGCAGCGGUGGGCAAGGUCUUGGUGGACCCAAGUGUGGACCUGACCCAACGGUUCAGGGCAUUGUUCACCCUGAAGAACUUGGGAGUUUUUGCGUCAGGUGCUGAAGCCAUCGAGUGGAUCAGCAAAGCCUUCACAGAUGACUCUGCUCUGUUGAAGCACGAGUUGGCCUACUGUCUGGGCCAGAUGCAGGAUGGACGAGCCAUUCACACUCUGUGUGCUGUGCUCAAAGACACGCAGCAGGAGCCUAUGGUGCGACAUGAAGCAGGAGAAGCCCUGGGAGCCAUCGGGGAUCCUUCAGUUCUGGAUCUGCUAAAGGCUUACAGCCAGGACCCCGUCAUUGAGGUAGCAGAGACAUGUCAGCUGGCUGUGCGUCGAAUGGAGUGGCUGCAAAGCGGAGGAGAGAAACAGCUGCAGGAUGGCAGCACAGAUCAGAACCCCUACUGCUCGGUGGACCCGGCCCCUCCAGCCCCCAGGAAGAGCGUGCCCGAGUUGCGCACCACCCUAUUGGAUGAGAGCCUGCCGCUCUUUGAACGCUACCGCGCCAUGUUUGCACUUCGCAAUCUGGGCAGCGAGGAGGCAGUGCUUGCUUUGGGAGACGGCCUGAAGUGUUCCAGCGCGCUCUUCCGGCAUGAGAUCGGAUACGUCCUGGGCCAGAUACAGCACCCGGCGGCGGUCCCAGCCCUCUGUGCUGCCCUGGAGUGCGGCGGCGAGAACCCAAUGGUGCGUCACGAGGCCGCAGAAGCUCUGGGCUCAAUUGGGAAGGAAGACUGUCUAGCCAUGCUACAGCGUUACCGUGCCGAUGGCGAGCGUGUGGUAAAGGAGAGCUGCGAGGUGGCCUUAGACAUGCUGGAGUACGAAAACAGCGAGCAGUUCCAGUAUGCAGACGGACUGACACGCCUACCAGGUUAAAGGUCACAAAAGAAAGGGAAUUUGUUGGUAUACAGUCACAGAGGAUGUACACGUGUGUUUAAAUUAAAGACAAGUACAGAUACACACAUCUGCUGUUUUAUUUUAAGUAAGUACCUACUUGUGCUUUGAAUGACCUCCAGGAGUCAUGGAAAGAGCGUCAGCUCAUGUGUGGACUUAUACUUUAAACACAACAAAGUGUCUAAUAGUGAGCCACCCUAAGAGAGCACAAAGCAGCCAGGGACCUCAUUUAAAAAUGGCACAUGGAAAAAAAUCAAAUUUUAAUGCCAAUUAUAAAAACUGCUAGCAUUUGCUGUGAUGUCACCUGGACUAGUAGUAAAAAAAAUACAUACAGUAGUAAUCAACAUUGAUGAAAUUUGUGACAGUGUUUGCUGAAGGUGUACUUAAAUUCACUGAUAUAUGUGUAGUAGUAUUUCUAUGUGUGACAUUAGAAUAAUGACAUUAUUGCAGGAUCAUUAUGUGUACCAGUAUGUUUA